AAUGAAAUAAGAUGAACAAAAAAAUUUUUGUGUCUGUUUGUAUAAUCACAGCUUACGCAAUUCUUCUCGGACUCUUCAUAAAAUUUCGGCAAGAUAGUACUGAAUGUUUUGGAAAAAAUUUUACAUGCAUUCGUUUUUGCUCAAAUGAUCUCGAAAAUUAUUCAGAUGAAUUUUUGCUUAAAGAGUUUAAAAAAAGCAAAAUUGCAAAGUAUUUAGAAAAAGAUUUUAAUGUCUACCGAGGGAUUCCAACAUGCGGAGGGAAUGCUUUUCAACCUCCAAAAUAUAAUAAAACGUCAAAGCGUGCGCCUUACUAUAUUGACAGUAAAGGAUUUGCAGAAGUUGAUUUGGAAUCGUAUAAUCAACUAAGGUAUUGUCUGGAAAAAGCAAAUGAUGUCUACGAUGGCUGGAAGUUGUUUAUUUGUAACCAAGAUCUAAAUUUUCAAAGAAUAUUUCAUGUGAUAAUAAUUAUUCUCGCUAUCAUAUUGUAUGGAUUUAUUUUAAUUGUGUACUCGUACAACAAAGAUUUAAGAGAUUUUCAUGGAAAAUGGACAAUCGUUUUAGUCGCAAUUCAAGUUUUUUCACAUACUUUUUUUCCAUUUGUGAUUUUUGAUGAAUCGCCAAAUUAUUUAAUCUUUUUAAACAGCCGACUUAAGAACGGAAUUUACAAUUUACUUAUCCUAAGUUUGAUGCUGAUUAUAUUGUGGAUUAAUGUCAUGAUUUUUCAUGUAUUUUUCACAUUCAAAAACUUCAAGGAUCGGAAAAAAAUUCCUUAUAGAUUUUCAAACUAUGCUUGUUUUGUGAUUGUUUUUAUUGCAGUUUCUGGGAUUUUGCUGUUUACAUCAAAUGAUUUUGACUUAUUUUUAAUGUAUACAUUCGUCGUAACUCUUGGCGUUGUCGUUUGGGUCACAACUGGACUUUAUAUUUACAAACUAUCCAGAAAUGAAACUCAUUCAGAACAUCCAAAAUUCCAUUUUGAACGAAAGUGGUUUUGGAUUUGUUUUAAAGUGGCAAUUACAAUCUGGACAACUUAUUUUGUGAAUUUUCUCAAAAAACAAAAGAAUUUUAAUGUAUUCUUAUAUAUGACAAUCGACAUUAUCAUCUUAUUUGGUGCAAUAACUGUCACAAUCAUUAUGAUAGGGAGAACAAAAGUGAGGAAUAUUAUUCUUGGAGAUUAUCAUACGAAUGAUCAAAAUUUUGAAAAUGAAUGUCAUAAAGAAGAUUUAAAGAUUCAGUUAAAUUGAG